GAGUGAGAACAUCGUCCGUGUGUAGAGUUCUACAGCCAGGUGGUGGGUGCAGGGGGGACGGGAGAGCCAAAGAGAGGAAGGGAGACUAACGAAGAGCGACAGAGACACACACAAAUAAGCGCGCGCCUGUUGCAAAAUUCAGUUCUGCGCUCUCAUUCGUGAAGAAAGGAUGUACACGCCGGUUGUAGCCGAAUGAAUCCGUGUACAUCAUCACCCCCGCACGGCCACAGAGCCCCAGCUGCUAGUUUGGAACUGCUUGAUAUGGGAGCCAAGGAGGACUAUGAUGAAUUACGCGAUUUGCUCCACUCCUGGGACGUCGCCGAUCUGCUACCUCUUCUGCAAGAUGAGGCCAUCAACGUGGACGAGUUGCAGAUGAUCAAACGGCACCACUUGUCCGAGUUGCUGCGAAAUUUUCGGUUUGGCACCCGGAUUCGCUUUGAGCAUAACUUGGAGCGCUGGCGUCGCUGGCUGAAUGUGCCGCUGCAGGGAACCCAAACUCAGGGCUCCGUCCACUGCAGCGGAUGUCGGUGCUCAGAGGUUCAGCCGCAGGCCCAGGUCCAGUCGGAAUCGCUAUGCCAGCAACCGAUGGUGGAGAUCAAUGAUUCAGACCCAAUGAGCGACAGUGGAAGGAAGAGUUUGGAUCAGUCAAAGACCAUUCCGGCAGAGUCGCUAGUGGCACUUAGUGAGCAACCCCCAAUGCUCGUUCCCUUUCAGAAAAGCCCACCCAAGGCGCCAGACUUGAUGAUGGUCAAGGAGGAGGAGCAGCCUUUAAUGGGAAGCGGAGUUGGAGUUGGCGGCGUGGCUCUUGGAGUCGAGGAAGCCAUAGACAUCAAACCAUCUGGAGGAACAUUUGCUGGCGGUGAAGACCAAAUGUCGUCGUCCGUUGAUCACGGAGUCAGCGUUCUGGGCAUCCUGCAGUCGUGUGGCGUGAAAGCCCAAGCCUUGCUGGAACGCAUCGGUCAGAAUACGCCGCUGGAUGCUGUGCAGCGCCUGCUGUUGAUCCAGCUGGUGUGCAGCUACUACGAAGAUAACCAGCUGCACCUGACCCUGCAACGCAGUCAUCUGCUGGAGCGCGAGAUUCUACAGCUGUUUCCGUGCGAGGAGCUACACUAUUACCGCACCGAGCGGCGUGGCAAGAUCUACGUGAGAUUCACCAACAUGAAGCGGAGCAAGCGCAUGAGCUCCUCGCGGCAGGACACCAAGCGUCGACGCACUGAUAGCAUUCGGCCAUCAGGAGGACAGAUAUCCUUUUCCUCCGAUCUGGGGCCCCAGCCCAAGGCGAAUGUGAACAGCUUUGCUGGCGAGCAGAUCUCCAGUCCGGAUCGCUCCGAUUGACGUAGUUUUGUAAGGAGAAGAAGCUAGGCCCCAAACGUAAUGCUAAUCAUAGGUUAAGUGCACCCCAAAUGUGAAAUCUAUCUGUUUUAUUUUUGUGCCACUGGAUGUAUAAUAGUAGGGUAUUUUGCGGGUCGACGCGCGAUCCGCCGACUGACGAUACUAAAUAGCAACUGAUUCUGGUUACACGA